AUGUUCACCAUGCAACAUACAUAUGCCUACCCGGCACAACCAGCCCCGGCUCCCACAAGACACUACUCCAACCACAGCACCAGCAGCGCGUUCAGCAGCUCCGCGAACCCUGAUGAGGACUGGACCAAGAUCUCAGAUCUCGCCGAGCGCAGGAGGAUACAGAACCGCAUCGCUCAGCGCAACUACCGCAAGAAGCUUAAGAAGAGGCUGGAAGAGCUGGAGAGGCGGGCGGGGACCUCGGACGAUGCCUCAUCGUCUGGCAACGAGAAGCCCAGCCCCCCGGCGAAGACGAAGCGCACACCAGCACCCAAGGCGCCGCGACAGACACCACCCGCCCAGGUCAAGCCCGUGAUGCAAAGUCAAUACACCCCGCCCAUGCACCACGACGACGAGUACAUCUUCCCCCAGUCCUACGAUGAGCGCGAGCGGUCGCACACCCCGCCCAUGUUCGCCUACUCAACAUACCCGCCGCCACCAGAGGAGAUGAUGAUGCCCACCUACGGGGCUGUCCCAAGCUACCGGCCCAUGCCCACCGAUUCGUACCCAGAGUACCUCUCGGCACCGCCCGUCCCGGUAACACUCCCGUCCAUGACACAUUUCAGUGAUGCCAUCAAGCGGGAGCCAGCCUACCCGGGCGCGCCGGCAGAGGAGGGCAUGGCUACCUACAUGACCUACAACGGCUACCCUCUUCCCGGGAUCGAUAUGAGCGCCGGUCACCCUUCGCCCUACGAUCAGAUGCCUCACACUCCACCUCUUUCGCAUUCGUACGAUCACUCCGCGACCUGCUCGGACUCGGGGAGUUAUGAGUACCCUACCACGCCCCUUUCUAUGCCGGGCUCGCCCGGUAUGCUCCAGCAUGUCUAA